GCUUUAAUCUCCCCCAGUUUUGAGAUGGAGCAGAAGAAAAUUGUUGAAGACGAAGAGGAGAGAUGCUGGUCUAAUCUCCAAAUCGAUAUCCUCUGCAUCAUCAAAUCCCAUUUGUUCGGUUCAGAUCGAAUUCGUUUCCAUGCCGUCUGUAAGGCCUGGAGUUCUGUUCCUUCUCAGAUCGCAUGGCUCUCGUCUUGGGAAUCUGAAAACAUACCAACGGAGAUCAUUCAAUUUCCGUCUCUUAUGUUUCUUGGACGCAAUACCUCUGUCUGCAAUUUCUUCAACCCUCUGGCCAACACCACCUACAGCAAGGUGAUCCCAGAUUUGGCUAAUGCCAAGAUCUGGUUCUCCAAAGACGGUUGGUUGCUGAUGACUCAAGGUGAUGUCUCCAUCAUGUUCUUCAACCCUUUCACCAAUGAAAAGAUCCAUCUCCCUGAUCUACCUAUGAAAGAGCACAAGUGCAACAUGAUCUGCUUCUCAUCUCACCCUACUUCGCAUAAUUGUCUAGUGCUUGCUAUAAGAAUUAAAUCCGUUAACUUUAUUAAGUUCAGCUGGAUUCGUCGUGGUGAAUCAACCUGGACAAGAUUCCAAGAUAUUUAUGACGAAAAGUUUUUAAUACCAUGUUACAGCAACCCUGUUUUCUAUAAUGGGGCGUUGCACUGCUUGAGCCAUCAUGGUAAACUGCAUAUCUUCGAUCCAGGGAAAGUAAAUACAGAAGAUUUAUGGAUUGUGUUAGAUGAGGUGAAAAUUCCACCCAACCGUGGAAGAAUAAAAAGGUGCUACUUGACGGUGUGUGAUGAAGAAUUAGUAGCAGUCUUUGAGGGUCAUGUAGGAAAAACAGUGGAUGUGUUUAAGCUGGAUAGAGCUGCAAUGGGGUGGAAGAGAGUUAAGGAAUUAGGUAACAGGAUGUUGUUUGUGAGUUUAAAUGGAUCGGUUUCGGUAUCUGCAAGGGAGAAAUUUCAUUCUGGGAUGCAAAACAAGGUUUAUUUUCCGAGGUUCAAAGGUGAAGAUGGGAUCUUCUAUUCUCUUUUCACCGGAAAAUUUCACAGCUUUUCCAAUGGGUAUUCUGCUGAGGAUUUUUAUGGGACAAAAGAACAGGUGCACUGCGUUUGGAUUCAACCAAACCUUGAGAAACAGAGAGUUGAAGAGCUUACAUGGUCCUAAUCUUUGUUUUUAUUGUUCUUACUUUUUAUUUACAUUUUUUUUUAUUUUAAUUUUUGUUUUUGUAAAGGGCAAUCUCAAAUUGUGAUUCAGUGUCUGGGAUUGUUUUGACGUGUCGUUAUUGUAAUUUUUUUAAUAUUUUAUCAUAAAAAAUUAUGUUAUUA